ACUAGGUGUCAGCGGACGGCAGUGGGGAGGGAGGAAGUUGUAUUGUUGACUGCUCUGCUCACCCAGGAGAAGAGCACCACCAGCGUCCCGGGGCUCACUGUCUCUCUCUCUCUCUUUUUCUCUUUUCAUUUAUCGCUCACCAAACCCAGCAGCCCGGUCAUGGCGUGUUACCACAGACCGGACGCUAAUACCCUGCAGGCCCUGAAGGACAUGGCCAACACUCUGAGGAUUCACUCCAUAACUGCCACGACCGAGGCCGGAUCGGGACAUCCUACAUCAUGCUGUAGUGCAGCCGAGAUUAUAUCUGUGCUGUUCUUCCAUGUCAUGAAGUUCAAACCACACGACCCUAAGAACCCUAACAAUGACCGCUUUGUACUCUCGAAGGGUCAUGCAGCUCCAAUUCUGUAUGCUGCCUGGGCAGAGGUUGGUUACCUGAAUGUAGGUCAGUUACUAACAUUGAGGAAAAAGGGUUCCAUUCUUGAAGGGCACCCUGUUCCGAAACUAGCUUUUGUUGAUGUUGCUACUGGAUCCUUGGGGCAGGGUCUGGGAGCCGCUGCUGGAAUGGCUUAUACCGGGAAAUACUUUGAUAAAGCCAGUUACCGUGUAUUUUGCCUAUUGGGAGAUGGAGAAUCAUCUGAAGGCUCAGUCUGGGAGGCAAUGGCAUUUGCUUCUCACUACAGACUUGACAAUUUAUUGGCCAUAAUUGAUGUGAACCGCCUGGGUCAAAGUGACCCUGCUCCACUGCAGCACAAAGUUGAAGUCUACCGCAAACGUUGUGAAGCUUUUGGCUGGACUACUGAAGUGGUGGAUGGGCACAGUGUUGAUGAACUCUGCAAAGCCUUUUGGCAGGCCACCAUGGUCGAAAACAAGCCAUGUGUUAUUAUUGCUAAGACCACUAAAGGAAAAGGCAUUGAAGGUGUUGAGGAUAAAGAAAAUUGGCAUGGCAAACCCAUUCCAAAAGAUAAAAUGGAAGAGAUUAUUCAAGCAAUCAAAGCUAGGAUCCUUGAGAGCAAGAAGCUUACCCCAGGGCAGCCAAUGGAAAGUGCACCAUCUGUGAAUAUUGAAGACAUCCAACUUUCUGCACCACCCAAGUAUAAGCAUGCUGAGAAGGUAGCCACACGAAAAGCCUUUGGAACUGCCCUGGCAAAAUUAGGUCAUGGUAAUGACCGUGUUAUUGCAUUAGACGGUGAUACAAAGAACUCAACAUUCUCAGAAAUGUUCAAAAAGGAACAUCCUAAGCGUUAUAUUGAAUGUUUCAUUGCAGAGCAAAACAUGGUGAGUGUUGGUGUUGGCUGUUGUGCAAGGGAUAGGACUGUUGCAUUUGUCAGCACUUUUUCUACUUUCUUCUCACGAGCAUUUGAUCAGAUUCGUAUGGCAGCAAUCUCUGAAAGCAAUAUCAACCUUGUUGGAUCCCACUGUGGUAUCUCAAUUGGUGAGGAUGGACCUUCCCAAAUGGGUCUGGAGGAUAUUGCUAUGUUCCGUGCCAUUCCCACAGCAACAAUCUUCUAUCCAAGUGAUGCUGUGUCAACUGAACGGGCUGUGGAACUGGCUGCUAACACCAAGGGUAUUUGCUUCAUUCGAACCAGCCGACCAGAAACUACAAUAAUUUAUAAAAAUACUGAAGUAUUUGAGGUUGGCAAAGCUAAGGUUCUGAAGAAGACAGAUAAGGAUAUGGUCACGGUCGUUGCUGCUGGGGUGACAAUGCAGGAGACAUUGACUGCAGCUGCUAAGUUGGCUGAAGAGGGUAUAUUUAUUCGAGUGGUUGAUCCAUUUACAAUCAAACCACUUGAUGAUAAAACGAUCAUUUGUUGUACUAAAGGCACCAAAAAAAAGCAUGUUAUCACUGUGGAGGACCACUAUUACGAAGGUGGUCUUGGUGAAGCAGUGGCAGCUGCCCUCACUUCAGAACCUUCCAUUAUAGUGCACCCUAUGGCAGUGUGUGGUGUACCAUUUAGUGCAACGUCGGCUGAGCUACUGCAAAGGUUUGAGAUUGAUGCAAAGGCAAUCAUGAAAACUGUGAAAGACAUCGUUAAGGACUAGACAGUAGUCCCCAUUUGGAUAGCUUAAUGGGCUGAUUCUUUUCAGUGAUUUGUUUAUAUUAGAAAUAUACUUUGGGUGUUCCUUGGAUUUACUUAAUUGUAAGCAUUGUAAUAAGCUAUGAAAAUUACCUGUAAAAACCUUGACGUAAUCUUCAUAGUGACAAUUGUUGCUUAUUGUUUUACAGCCACUGUAAGUUUUUGUUUCUGUUCCAGUGGUGGGCUGAUAUGCACAAAAUAUGCCCAUUUAGUGGUGUACAGCUGGUUACAGCUCCUGAAUUGUUUUGAAAUAUCACCUGUGUAAGACCAUACUUGACCAUUUUACUCUCUUUCCCUACAAUUAUAUAAAAAGGCUACCUGCCUUAGGAUUGGAUAGGAAUUGAAGGCAUCAGAGGCUAGAAAUGACUUAGUGGUAUGACUGCAAGAAUGUUUAAUGCAUUUGUAUGAUUUUCCUCUGCUCAUUAUUUUAGUGCAGGAAUCAGUACAAUAAAAUAUAUAGGCUAAUGUCAGUGCUAAAAUAGGCAGAGGAAUGUUUUGCAAGUAUGUUAAACUGCCUACCCUUGACAAUGACUCCAUCCUCUUCCCAGGCCACUGCCUCAGACUGAACCAGACUAUUCAUGAUCUCAGCUUCCUGUUUACGUCUAUGUUGAGCUUUCAACCCCAUCUCUUCUCCAUAACAAAGACUUCCCACUUCUACCUCUAACAUUGCUCACUUCCACCAUUAACUGAACCUGUCUUGUUAAACCAUCAGCCACUCUGCUAACUACAGCUUACCCAAAAUUUUGCUGCCUGCACCCUAUCCUACACAAAAUUCUGCUCACCUAUCUCUCUGCCCUAUACGAUCUAUGUGUUUGUGUUUAGAUCCCUUCAUGACCUUGUCCCUCAUUAUGACUUAGUCCUGCAACUAAUUGAAUAUCUAUUCCUCUGAAUCUGGCCUCACGUGUACUCCUUUUCUCUCUGCCAUUGGUGGCUAUGCCCUCAGUUGCAUGGCCCUGUGCUUUGGAAUUUCCUCCUUAAACCCAUUCAUGUUCCUCUCCUGCAUCAAAGGCAUUUUGUAAAUGUAAGUUGCUGUUUUUCAUCGAUUAAUAUUGCUAACUCUAAUUUUUAGGCUCAGUUAGAUUUCAGUUUCUUUAAUACAAUAAAAAUCUCAUUCCUUAAGUUACAUUUUUUUCUGUAACUGAAAGCCAUUUUUGUUUGAAUAGUGCCCAUGUGAAUUUAGUAGUUAAUUUUCAGAAUCUUGAAACUUUUAUAGUAGGAGACUUGAACCAAAGUAACUCAUAUAUGGUUGAUGUUUAUAAAAUAAAUGAUGGAGUUUUGCACAAGUCAGAGAAGCAUAAGUAACUCACUGCCUCCAUUUUACUGCUGGCAUAAUUUUAAAAAAUGUUUAUUUUAUGACUUGGAAAGAUUUUAAUUAAAAAAAGUGUUUUUUAAAUGUUGUUUCUAAAAUUUGAGAGCCUACAAAGAUAUUCAACUUAAAAUUGAAGGGCUUAGAAAUGCAAAUUUUGUUUGAGAGGUGCUAUGCCAUGGCAAAAUAAUAAAUUUUUUAACAACUGAAAAA